UAAAGGAAGCGUCAUAACCCCGGAAGUAUGACGUCAGUCCGCUGCUAGCCAGCUAAUGAUGGCUGCGGCUAUGAGAUUUGUAAACAGAAGCACUUUGAGACUAGGAAUGGGCCAGCAGUAUUUGGGGUUCAGCUCCGCGCCAAAGGAAAAGACGGCUAGCGUAAGAGCUGCUCAUGCUCUUCCAGCAAAGGUGAAAAUAGUGGAAGUGGGACCCAGAGAUGGUCUUCAAAAUGAAAAGACUGUCGUUCCAACAGAGGCAAAAAUACAUUUAAUUAACAUGUUGUCAGAGUCUGGACUCCCAGUCAUUGAGGCUACCAGCUUUGUGUCCCCUAAAUGGGUUCCUCAGAUGGCAGAUCAGGUGGAAGUGAUGAAGGGUAUCAGUAAGAAACCUGGAGUGUCCUAUCCAGUCCUCGCCCCCAACCUGAAAGGUUUUCAAGCUGCUCUAAAUGCGGGAGCUUCAGAGGUGGCCAUAUUUGGUGCUGCGUCAGAGCUGUUCAGCAGGAAGAACAUAAACUGCUCAGUGGAGGAGAGUUUACAGCGUUUUGACGAGGUUAUGAAAGCAGCUAAAGAAGCUGCUGUGCCAGUUCGAGGUUAUGUCUCGUGCGUUGUUGGAUGUCCAUAUGAAGGGCAGGUGGCACCGAAAAAAGUGGCACAUGUAGCUAAGCGUCUGUACUCUAUGGGCUGUUAUGAGAUCUCUUUGGGUGACACUAUUGGAGUGGGGACUCCUGGAAGUAUGACUAAAAUGUUAGAAGCUGUGAGCAAAGAGGUGCCAGUCAGUGCUUUGGCCGUGCAUUGCCACGACACUUAUGGCCAGGCUCUGGCUAACAUCCUGAUCGCCUUACAGAUGGGAAUCAGUGUAGUAGACUCUUCAGUAGCUGGAUUAGGGGGCUGUCCAUACGCUCAGGGUGCCUCUGGGAAUGUUGCAACUGAAGAUGUUGUUUACAUGCUGCAUGGACUUGGGAUUCAAACGGGAGUGGAGCUCUCAAAGCUGAUGGAUGCUGGAGCUUUUAUCUGUCGGACCCUCAACAGGAAGACCAGCUCCAAAGUGGCACAAGCCACCUGCAAACUGUAGAAACAAAACUGGACCUUUUUGCUUUUUCCACAAACUGAAGAUGAUAUCAUCCUUUGUUUGUUAAAUUAAACAAUAUAAAAUAUGACUUGACUUAACGUCUGUUAUAGGUUGCUGUUAAAAAUUAGAUUUGUUCACAGGUCACCUGUGUUGAUAAUUAUAUCAGUGCCUUAUCAAAUAUAAGUGUAAUUUGUAAGGUUUCACUCAUGACCACAAGUCCUUUUUAAAGGUAUUAUUUUUGUUACUUCAUUGUAAAUGGAUGGAAAGUGAAGAGUGGACUUUGUUCUUAAUAAUACAUGAUCCAGUAAAUACUGCCUAAAAUCACUCUUGUCAGAAAAGACAGAAAUAUUUCACUACGAAGUAUUUGAUCAGGAAGUAUUUGUGGAAACUUUGAAGAUUGGGCAUUCCAAUGGUUGGUGAAAAUUGUCCUUUUUGAUGUAGUGUUUCGGCAUAUUUAAUUUAUUUCUCUCUUUUAAAUAAAACAUGUAAAUAUUUACGAAAGUUGUAAGUUUCAAUAAUAAAAUUAUUUAACAUUGUAA